CCAUUGGUUGGACGGCCGGCGGAGUCUCCCUUGCCCUCUCCCUCCCAUUCUUGGCAUUGAAUUUCUUCAUUAUUAUUUACCGGUACUGCUGCUUCUAGGACUAGGAGUAGUAGAUAAACUGAUAAACAUAUCUUCUUUGAGCCACUUACAAGUCAAGACUCUCCGCAUUUAUUACCUUUCGAGUCUGCUCUCUCUCCUCUCUAUCUCUCUCUCUCAUAUUUUUCGUGUUAACUUUACCCAAACACAAGGAGCCGAAACAAUUGCUUGUAGAGCCUUUUCUUUGCUAGACAGAACCCAAAAAUAACUGGGAUUUUUAUGAUUUUUGGGUAAAGAAUUUCAUAUGGAGGCAGUCAGCUACUUAAACAGAAGAAACCGCAUGCAGGGCAGCCACCAGCCCACCGAGCACCCGUGCUCUUCCUCUGUUGUCAAACACAUUAGAGCCCCUGUCGAUAUCGUUUGGUCACUGGUGAGGAGAUUUGAUCAGCCACAGAGGUAUAAGCCCUUUGUUAGCACGUGCAUUGUGAAAGGUGACCUUAAGAUUGGGAGUGUUAGAGAGGUGAAUGUGAGGUCAGGGCUUCCUGCAACCACCAGCACUGAAAGAUUGGAACUUCUUGAUGAUGAGAAGCACAUUCUUGGGAUCAAGAUUGUUGGUGGUGACCACAGGCUCAAGAACUAUUCUUCCAUCCUUACCGUGCAUCCCGAGAUAAUUGAUGGCAGACCGGGAACAGUUGUCACCGAGUCGUUUGUUGUGGAUGUACCACAAGGGAAUACUCAAGAUGAGACAUGCUACUUUGUCAAGGCUUUGAUCAAUUGCAACCUCAAAUCUUUAGCUGAUGUCUCUGAGAGGAUGGCGAUGCAGGAAAACAUUAUGCCCAUCAACUGAACUUGAGCUGGUCAUAGGAAUAAUGGAACCUGGUGACUCUGUCAAGAGGUUCCAUAGGAAAAUGCUGGGCAGAUUUGAUUGAGCGGAUCAAUUUUGCUUCCAUUGGUCAUUUCUUUUCAAUUUCAACUGCUUCUGGGAGUGAGAACUUUAGCAGCGCUGGUAUUUAGUGGAUAUAGGAAAUUAGUUUAUCUGCUUCCGUUACGUUCCUGGAUUGGCUGUUUGAAGUGUCUGUGCUAUGUAUUGUAAAUAUUGUGUAUAUAUAUAUAUAUAUAUAUGUGGGUAUCAAACUAUUAAUGCUCUAGUCUGGAAACUUUGACCGUGGCGCGUCUUGUUGCCUUUCCUUGUUUAGGGUAGUAUCAAGAGAAAAUAAACCUGUGGCCGCUGUUUCUUUGUUACGGUGCUUGAUUAUUCCUGGGCUUGAUAAGUU